GGUUUAAAAUGACAGUCUCAAGUUCAUGUGGGAAGAGAAAGCUAAUUCAAAGAAGCAGCCAGGCAAGCUUCCUUUCUCUUGGAAUAAUAUUAUCCCCCUUCCCCAUGGCCCACCUGGGAGCCCAUUUUGCCUUUAGAUCCCGCUGGCAGAAGACGGACGAUGAACUCUGUCGACAUAGCAUGUCCUUUAUCCUUCACAAAGCCAUUCGCGAUGACUUCUUUCAGAGCUAUCUCUACCUGCUGGAAAAAAUCCCCCUGGUGAAAUUGUAUGCAUUAACAAGUCAAGUCAUCAAUGGUGAGAUGCAGUUCUACGCCAGAGCUAAACUUUUCUACCGAGAGGUUCCAGCUACAGAAGAGGGGAUGAUGGGAAAUUUCAUUGAACUGUCCAACCCAGAUAUCCAGGCCUCUCAGGAAUUUCUUAGGAAAUUCGUUGGGGGGCCCGGGAGAGCUGGGACGGACUGCGCCCUGGACUGCGGCUCUGGGAUAGGCAGGGUCAGCAAGCAUGUCUUGUUGCCGGUUUUCAACAGCGUGGAGCUGGUGGACAUGAUGGAAUCUUUCCUCCUCGAAGCCCAGAACUACCUGCGGGUCCACGGGGACAAGGUGGAAAACUACCACUGCUGCAGCCUGCAGGAAUUCACACCCCCGCCGGGGAGAUACGAUGUCAUCUGGAUUCAGUGGGUCUCUGGGUACCUGACUGAUAAGGACCUUGUUGCGUUUCUCUCCCGGUGCCGAGAGGGCCUGAAAGAGCACGGCGUCGUCGUACUGAAGGACAACGUGGCUCGGGAGGGCUGCGUGCUAGACGUCUCGGACAGCAGCGUGACCCGGGACACGCACAUCCUCUGCAGCCUGAUUCGGGAGAGCGGGCUGGUGGUGCUGGGCCAGGAGAAGCAGGAUGGCUUUCCGGAGCAGUGCGUGCCCGUGUGGAUGUUCGCACUGCGCGGCGACACGUGCCGCUGACCAGCGGUGGAGGCGGGGGCUAAAGUGCACAGUGAUGCUCUGGG